CACCGGUAAUGGAGUCAACGGAUUCACCCUCGAUCCGUCUCUAGGAGAGUUCAUCCUCACCCACCCUGACAUUCAGAUGCCCAAGACGGGGAAGAUUUACUCUGUGAAUGAAGGAAAUGCAAUGAACUGGGAUGAGCCAACCAGAAAGUUUGUGGAGUCCUGCAAGUUCCCAACUGAUGGAUCUGCACCCCGUUCCCUUCGCUACAUUGGAAGUAUGGUGGCGGAUGUGCACCGGACACUUCUGUAUGGUGGAAUUUUCUUGUACCCGGCUGAUAAGAAGAGUCCCAAUGGCAAACUGAGGGUGCUAUAUGAAGUCUUCCCCAUGUCUUUCUUGGUUGAGCAGGCAGGGGGUCAAGCUUUCACAGGAAAGCAACGUGUACCGGGUCCGAAUUCGGGGAAGCGGAGAGCUUACCAUCGUGGUGCCAUGGGAGCGAUGCGGACGCCGUCAAAGAAAGCGCCAGCAGGCCUCUUUCGUUUCGGCCUCAGAUUUGUGAUCCUCCUUUUCGUCGUCGUUAUGGUAGUCUUCAUCGCGGAGACCGGAAAACUCGCAGACAGACAACGAAAGUCGGAGUUUGAAGAGCUGCGAGAGCAGUCGCUGCGGAAAAUCCUGAGGCAGCACGAGAUGGAGAUCCAGGCAGCCAUUGACAAGAACAUUGGCUGGUUCUCUCACUACCUCUCCAGACUCCGUCUGUCGUCUCGUGCUGGGGCUGGAAGAGACGAGGACGACGACGAUGACACUAGCAGCGUGUCUUCGCACUCCGCCUCCGCUACAGACACCCUCGCUACUGGCACGUCUGGAGGGGACGUGCAUGGCGGGGAAGCAGCAGGAGGGGGAGGCGCUGGGGGAAUGGCGGGUGGUGCGGGGGAGAAUGGGAAAGGCGGUGGCGAGGGGCAAGGAGGGAAGCGGAAGAAAGGGAAGGAGCAGGACCUGUCGAAUGUGGGCAAUAUGGACAUGCCCAUGCACAAAGUGCACGGGGUCUUGGAACCCUGCCUCCCUCUGCUGCCCGAAGCCGACCUCUCGCACCUGCAGCUGCCCGAACCUCUCCCCGACACAGUAGUGAAGCGCCUUCGCUAUUAUCACAUGGACGAGGACGCAAUCGAAAUCGAGAGCACACUAGGUGCCAGACAGGGCCAGCUGGGGCGAACGGUCCAGUUGGACAUGUUCACAGGGAAGCAGACGAUGGGCGAGAGGGCUAAGAGCUUCCGGGUACAGGAGAGCAUGGAGGUGCACUGUGGGUUUGCGGGGCCCAACACGGGGUUUACGGUGGCAGAGGCGGACCAGCGGUGGCUCAAGCGGUGCCAGGUGGCGGUGGUGACGGCGAUAUUUGGGGGAGGUGACAUCCUGGUGCAGCCGAUCGGGAUGACACAGGAGUCUUUGGAGAAGGUGUGCUACGUGGCGUUUUGGGACGAUGUGACAGCAGCAGCGCAGGCGGAGGCAGGAGUGGUGCCAGAUGCAGGCACCAUGAGGGUGGGGCUGUGGCGCAUUGUGAUUGUCAAGGACCUGCCAUUUGUGGACCAGCGGAGAAAUGGAAAGAUCCCCAAGUGCUCCACUCACUUUUCCCAUCUCUCACCCUGCCCCCUGUGCCUCUGUGCCCCCCUGUGGCCCCUGCAUCCCCUGUGCAUGCCUCCUGUACCCCUGUUCCUCCCUCCUUAUACCCCAUGUCUGCCUACUCGCCGUGCACAUCCACUCACCAUUGCCAUUCAACAGAUCUUGACUCAUCGCCUCUUCCCGCGCGCCCGCUUCUCCAUCUGGGUCGACUCCAAGUACCAGUUCCGCCGCGACCCCCUCGGGGUGCUUGACACGCUGCUGUGGCGGCAGCAGCCGCGGGCAGAGUUUGCGAUAUCGGAGCACGGGGCAAGGAGCUGCAUCUAUGCGGAGGGGGAGGCGAUUGUGAGGAAGCACAAGGCUCAGCCGGAAGAGGUUGCAGUGCAGCUGAACCAGUAUCGCACCGAGGGGCUCCCGGUUAAUGCCACUUAUAAUGGGAAGAAAGGUGAGGGGAAGCAGAUGAUUGUGGUGGUUUGGAAGAAUGGGCUUCUUGUUGGAUAUUGGGGGGCAUGGGACAAGGAGUUGCAUCUAUGCAGAGGGGGAGGCGAUUGUGAGGAAGCUCAAGGUGCAACUGGAGGAGGGGCUCCCUGUUAA